AUGAUUAUCGGUUCCUUGAAUAUUAGAGGGGGAGCAAAUGCGCUCAAAAGAAGGAGAAUUAGUUCCUUGAUCAACAAAGGAAAUACGGAUAUUUUUCUUUUGCAAGAAACUAAGAUAUCCAAUUUGAAUGAGGACUAUGCCAAUAGUUUUUGGAGACACCCAGAUAUUGGCUUUUCUUUUACUAACUCGGAGGGACGGUCGGGUGGUUUGAUUACGUUUUGGAAGAAAAGCAUUAUGGAUGUUUUGUUUAGUUUUAAUGGGGAAGGUUUUUUGGGGUUGAAAGUUAGUUGGAAGGAGGAUCUUUAUUGUGUUGUUAAUGUUUACUCUUCUUGCGACUUGAUUAAGAAGAAGGCCUUGUGGGAGAAAUUAUUAGACUUGAUGAGAAUUUACUCCGACGGGGAAUGGAUUAUAGGUGGAGAUUUUAAUGCUAUCAAGAACGGUAGAGAAAGAAAAGGGAGAGCAGGAGGGAGUUACAAGAAGGAGACGGAACUCUUCGCGGAGUUCAUUCAUAAGAGCACUUUGGUGGACACUCCGUGUAAAGGGAGGAAAUUUUCGUGGUAUAGCGGAGAUGGUAAGUCCAUGAGUAGGAUUGAUAGUUUCUUAUUAUCCAAGAUUGUGGUGAAUCGGUGGGAGGUUAUUGGUCAAAUGAUUGGCGAUAGAGAUAUCUCAGAUCAUUGUCCAAUUUGGAUCAUGACGGAUAAAUGUAAUUGGGGUCCGAAACCGUUCAAGUUCAAUAAUGAAUGGUUUUCUUUCGAUUCUUUUAUCCCUUUUGUGGAAGGGGAGUGGAAGUCUUUGAAGGUGGAAGGAAGAGCCGAUUUUGUUUUGAAAGAAAAACAUAGACUUUUAAAAGAUAAGCUCAAAAAGUGGAAUAAGGAAGUCUUCGGUAAGAUUGAUUUGGAUAUAGACAAAGAUGUUCACGAUUGA